GGGCAGCCUUGAUGUUCUCCUCUCCCAAAGCGAAGGGGCACCAUCAGGGACCUGUUAAUAUUAACCAGAUACUCUAUGGCGGUGUACAAAAGUCUGAUCCGGGCAACGAACUGCAUCCUGAAACCAAAUGCCCACAGAGUUCCGAGCAGAUACUCACGAUCGACCCUGUUGAACACCUUCUCCUGGUCGAGAGACAGGAAGGCGCUCGGCAGACCAGCCUGUCGACAGAAAUGGAUCAGGUCCUGGACCAGAUGGACGUUGUCAUAUAUCCUCCAGCCCGGAACCAUGUAGGACUGGUCCGGGUGAAUCAAGGGGGUCCGCACGAAGCCAACACCCUGGCGAAUAUUUUAUCGCGCGUGCUGAGAAGGAAGGCCGGAUGCCAGUUCUUUAAAACUUUGUCGGCAGCAGGACGAUGAUCGCCCUGCGCCAAGAAAGGGGCAGCUCUCCGGCAUUUAAACACUCCCCCCAGAACCUGUGCAUAGUCACUCCCCAGCAUGUCCCAGAACGUCCUGGAGAACUCCACAGUCAGCCUGUCCAGCCUGGGGGAAAUUGGUCCUCUUUCAAAAAAAGUGAUUCAGAACAAGUUGAACUUUGCAUUUACACCAUUUUAUUUCUCGUUUUCCUUACAUGAACAACUGCUGCUUUAUUCAUCUUGCCUUUGAUCUUUUUUCUUUAUUUGCUUACUUUGGAAUUCAAGUUUGUAAUGAAUAUCUAUUAAUUUAAUUGCAACACAAAAACAAAAUCCUGCAAAUCUGAAAUGAAAACACAAGAUUUGUAAUGUCACUCCAGUUUUCCACAUUCCUAUUCAAAACGAGAGCCCUACUGAAUGAUUCCAUGUUCAUAAAUGGGAAUUCCAUGUCCAGUCAGUGGGACAAUCACCAAUGUAGCUUAAGUCCUCAACCAUGUUUCUGGCUCUUAGGCGGGAAUGUUAUCUCAACCAAAAGACUGAAAACUUUAAAUUCUCUUCUCCCUCCAUCACGCUUUAUUGAGCUCUCCUGUAAAACGGUUGUGUUUUGAGCAUUUUCUGUUUGUAUUUCUUAUGUCACUUCAGUGGGCCCUUGCACAUUUCUUCCCCCAAGGAAUUGCAGGAUUUUUUUUGGGCUUCCUUAUUACAGUUUAUCAAGAAUUGUCAUUAUAUGCUUGCCGUUCCUCUUAAUUUUCCUCGAGUGCUCAGGAUUAAGGCGUCUUCACUGUUGCUGAACAACUACCUCUGAUCAAUUUGCUUGGGGUCCAACCGAGAGAAAGUAGCUGGAGGAGCUUGAGCGUACAAGUUCUUGUUGGAAGCUGUGGUGGCCUGGGUCUCUGGGGUUUGCCCUAACGUAGUAACCAGGGCGACCGCUGGGCCUAGGACCCUCCAGCCCCAGCAGCGGCCUGUGGGAAGGGGCUGGGGGAGACAGCACGCGGAAUCUCCGCGGGGAAGGCCCCCGUGUGUCCACAAUCCAGACGGUUACCUGCCCCGCGUGGUUAAAAACUGGCAGCAACGUCCUCGAUGGGAGGAGGAGUGAAACCGGCAAACGGCGGGGAGCUGUUUAACUGUUGCCAUGGUAACGGGGCGGAUCGCCGCCUCCUUGGAGAUCGGCCGCCGGCAACAGGCGGAACCUCGAGCGGCCCCAGGGGAAAGGACGAGUGGGCUCAGUCCAACAGUCCGCACUUUGCACUUAACUUUUCACUAGAAACCCUGGAAAGCUGUUGGAAAUGUCUGAUUCUGUUAAUGAGGUUCCUAGUGAUGAAGUUCUUACUGGCACGCCAAAACCUGAUGUGGAUGGCAUUGAGCUCAAUUCAAAUGUGUGCAAAUAUUUGAAAGAGCAAUCAGAGCCCACUCCAACUUCCGAACAGAUGUUGAACAGAAGAGAUUGUAUUGGUGAUGGGAAAAAAGACCCGGGGAGCAACAAAUCAUACACUGACAUUUGCAUGCACUUAAAGGAACAAACAGAAGUACGCAAACUUGAGGAUAACCCACAAGUCAUUGAUCAACUUCCACCAGCAUCUCUCCAAAAUGAUUUCAUCCCAGAAGAAAUCUUGCUGGCUUUGACGACUGUGACAAAUACAUGCUGUCGUGAUGAAUCCAUUAGACCACAAAUGAAAAGUAAAAUUCAAAAAGAUCAUAAAUCUCUGCAGAUACACGGCAUCCGACCAACUGAUCGUGUAUGGCAUCACCCAGUUCGGAGAAAAAAAUUCAAGUACUUGAUAGAUCAGCCUGUCCAAUUGGCUCAAGCUGGAAGAGAUAUCUCAUUUUUGUGUGAUGCUGUAUAUUCCCAAUGUUCUGAAGAGUCAGUACCUCCUGUGUCAGUAACCAUGGACAAGAGCGCAGUCCGGGCUCAACUUGAAAAACAACCUGUUAUCAAGCAAUUUGAAGUGCCUGAGAGCCUGAUACCAGACGAGUACCACAUUGUAAAGAAUAAAGGAGUCCUAGGAUUAGAAUACUAUGAGGAUAAAUAUACAACCCUACUUCAGGACCAUGAAAAGAAACUAAGGGUAUUUCCAUCUAUGAAACCAAGUGGUAGGGUUGAGGCCAUUCAGCUCUCUCAAGUGAUGGAUUCAAUGCUGGAAAAAGUUGGAUUUAAUGAAGAUAAUGAACAGCAAAAUAAAGGAGAAACACAGAUGCAUCAUUUGCUAGACCUAGUGAAAAAGGAACAAGACAUUUAUAACAUUGUAUUCCAUGAGCUUAUUCGUCAAAUCAGUGUGGAUUGUGCAGAGCGAGGAGAACUUCUUGCCAAAAUCAGAGAAAGAUAUGUAAAUUUAUUGGAUUAUAUUCCUCGUCAUUUGAAUAACAUGCACAACGAAAUCAUGAUGCAACGAGUGUUGGACAAACAACUUAUUGUGGAGCUGUUCGUUUUCCAGAAUGCUGUUGAAAAACUUAACAGUGAACUUGGUGAACUUCGAGAACGUGAUCACAAGGUGGCUAAGACCGUUGAGAAAACACAGACUGAUCUGAGUGAUGCAUUGAUUGAUGCCCAGAAACAUGCCAAUCUGCUGGAUGAAUAUCACCAGUUGUAUGAAUUGCAGAGAAAAAGAUUAAUUUCCCAAGUGAAUGCCCUGACCCAGGAGAAGGAUUGGUGGAGUGAAGCAGCCUAUAGCCUGGCAUUGAAGGUGAUUGAAGAGCAGGAUCUCAAACUAGUUCAUGACCUUCAAGUCAGUGAGAAACUCUGGGUUAAAGUUGCACAACACUUUGCCACAGUGCUUGGUACAAAGGAUGCAGAAGACCAGACCAGAUUACAGCAAAUUACUGCACGGUGGAGAAAGCUGAUGACCAAGUUUUCUAAAAUUCUUGAAGCUGCAGAGAAUUCAAGUUAUGAAAAAAGAGAGCAGGUUCUACUUGGCUUCAAGAAAUGGCAUGAAUAUUUUUCUGACAAAAUUUCGAGUCCUGCAGGAAUCAAGUCUAUUUCGAGAGAAAAGUUGUUAUUGCUGAGAAGUGAUAUGAAAUACUUUCAUGAGGUGAUCACUCAAGAUUAUACACGAUAUGAGGGGUCAUUAUUCUUAACUACUCAAGAAGAUCUACUGGAUGCAGAGCAGCUGCAACACGAGUGGACUGAUCUCACCCUAAUUCUGUUUGAACGUCACCGGUGGUCAGAUAAUGAUAAAAUGCCAGAGGAGAUAAAAAUGGAAGAAUUAAACAAUAGUGCGAAAGAACUGUCUCAACUUUAUACGAUCAUGCUAACAGGGGAUAAUGGAACUGCUUGGUCUAUAAUGAAGCUACAAGACCAGCUUGAAUCUUAUCGGGUUAAGUUCGACUAUGCCAAUAUGGAAGACGUAGGAUCUAUAGAAUUUGAUUUGCUGAAGCUUCAUGAGCAAUUACCCACUUUGAUAAAACUCUUGAAGGAUGCGAUGAACUUAGCAGCAUUCUCACAAACCGAAGAGGAGAAAAAGAAUAAGAAGUAUUCUGUCAGUCGACAUCUUGGAGAAGUAACUCAAAAGAUGCAGGAUUGGUUGUUGGAACUAUUUAAGAUGAUAACCCACAUGGACACUAAGCUCACUAAGCAGAUUGUCAUCAUUCAAAGUGCAAUGAGUCACCUGUUGGUAAAUCUAUUGCUUCAAAUGGUGCACGAUCCAAUUGCUAAUAUCAGAAAAAAAUACUUCAAACACCUCGCUUAUCCGGAUUCACCCGCAAAACUGGAGGAGAAAGCUCUGAUGGUAGCUAGUCGGCUGAAUAUCUUAUCAACACAGAUGUACAAUUGGUGCAGAGAUAUAGUUGAGGAAUUAGUUAAGCAACGGUCAGCAAAGCACCUUGAAGAUCCUGACAAUGAACUGAAGGAACUUGAAAAGCUCAAGGUGGAAAGCACUGAGUGGAUAAACAUCUGUGAGAUGCUGCUUUCUGAAAUUAAGCAACAACCAGUCCAUUUGUUGUCAUCCAGACAAGAUGAUGUACAGUCACAAAUUAACCUGACACGUGACCUAUGCACUGCUUGCUUGCGGGGUUCACCCACUGAAAUACUUGGCAUGCCUGACUCUGAUCUAUCUGUGCUAAUACCAGGAGAAACAGAAAGUGAUGAUGGACCAAAAACCAUUGCAUCCUUCCAGAAAUUGAGCAACAUUGACAAAUCUGAGACUGAAAUGCCAGGUGUUCACAUUGUCAGUGAUACCAGUGUGACUGAAGAAAGCUUAUCAUUGUCAAAAUCAAGAAGUCCACAAGAAACUGAAGGAACAAAAGAUGUUGAGGAUCAAAGUCCUGGAAUGGUUGAAAGUCAAUUAGGACAUAGUUAUGAAAAAUCCAUCCUGAAAUUUAUCGGUGAUGAUACUAACAUCCAUGAAAGAGACCUGAAAGAAACUCCUGUUCCUCUGUUAAAGGUUGGUAUUGAAGCUGUUGUUCCUAAAAACCCCAAGUCAAAGAAGGCAUUUGAGGCACUAACUGCUAUGGGAAUAUUACAGCAGCAACUUGUAGAAACAGAACAGCGUGCCAUGUACGCUGAGGAACGGGCAACAUUUCUGGAUGAAAGUCUGCAUGAGGCUUUGGAUAAAAUUAAGGAUCUAACAUUACAGUUGAAGGCAGAAGAAUCAAAGGAGCAAAUUCCAAAGCCAGAAAAAAAAUGUUCUGCAUGAGAAACUGCCAGAUAUUCCAAAAUAAUCAACAAUGCUCCAUUUUACGUUUGGACUGCGCUACCCAGAGAUGAGAAAGUUUCCUCCUGCCUCAUCUGAAUCCAUCACCAGAGGAUCCUUCAGUGAUCUGAAGUAUCAAUCAAUUUCAUCUGAAUCUGCCUCACAAUAUUCACUCCAUUGCCAAUUAUAUUUUUAUCCUGUAGUUUCUUGGAGAAAAUCAUCAUUAUGUUAAUAACACUAAUAAUCCAAUGCCCUAAUGAUCCUGCAACUGCAUUGACUGUUUCUAUUUUAGUAAAUUCCUAAGGCUCCCAAUGAAUGUGGUUUUCUAAUCUCUUCUCAUUUGUUAAAUUUGGUGCUACAUUCUUUAUAUCUGUAUUCACUGUCAGAAUCUUCCCACCUUCUAUUCCUUGUCAGAAUCUGGAGGUUGGGUGCUUGCCUGGCUUCUCAAUCCUUCUGCUGCUGAAGUAGGGAAAGUAUAUCUGCACUGGUUUUUGUGGCUGGCUUGUAAUCAGAAACUCAAAUCUGCUAAGUAAAUGAAAUUGGAUCCCUAAUUGGUUACAGAUUUUUUAGAGUUUUGCUGUCGAGUCUGAAUACUUUGACAGAAAGGAGGGAAGUCGCCAUCCCACAAGACAGCAGAAAGUACUCUGUUCACAAUUAUCUUCCUCUGUCUCCAGUUUUUCCUUCUCUGUCACUUCCUGCUCCUGCACCUCUUGUCAUGAACUAUCUCUUUAAGAGUCUCACUGUUCUCCGAAGUCAAUGCCUCUUGAAAGCCCUAUAUGGAGAUUGUGACAAACCACAUCAAUGACUUGCAGGAGAAUGCAUCAUAGGUAUAUGUUACAUUGUACUUUUAAAGUAGACAUUCAAUUCUCCUGGAGUCAGCUCAAGGAGAUUCUUAGUUCCUAAUGUUUUACUUCUGUUCUUUUACUUUCUCAGUCUGGGAAAUUUAAUCUCAGAUUAUGGUUACUCAGUGAGGCUUUCCUACUGUAGCAUACAAAUCCAGAUAAAUCUUCCAACCUUGAUUCAACUCCUCAUGAAUUUGGUGUUUUACACCUGAGCAUAAGCUUCAACCCAUAUUCCUACAUAGUUCAUCAAGUAGGAGCAUUUUGGCUUCCAGAUGCUCUGCUUUCCCAGAUCCUAAUAGACAAACCUUGCCUUAGAAUUUUCAGAGAUAUCUACCCUACACUACCCUCUCAAAGGCCAUGACCCUGGAAACAUGAAUCACAGUCUUCCACCCCAGGAGAUAUGCUUAUUAGCUGUCCUUGAGAACCCAACUCUCUCUUUUAUCUUGGACGUAAAUGGACAGUGUAAAGCACCACUGUUUAUAACCUGAGAUUCUCAAUGCUGUUCUGGGAACUUGGAGACUCGUGGUCCAUUUGCUAGCAUAUAGGCUGCUGCCAUUAUCUCCAGGUAUAAAUACCUUGCAUCUUUUUCCCAGUAAUACAAUCUGGGCACCUAUUAAUCUCUAUCAAUUAAACCACCCAGGCUUCCUGUCCAUUGGUGUUGAUUACUACAGUGCCAUCAGUCUCUCUGAACAAGAGGACUUUUAAAAACUGCAUAGUCAGUCAGGACACAUACUAUGCUGGAGGCAGAAUCAGUACAUGGGGAAUUUGAUUCAAAGUGGUAAUUUGGUAAGUGGGGAAAGAGAUUCUUUAAGGCAAGAAGUUAAGCUGGCUGAGUAGAGGAUUCAGUAAAAGAAGAGUUAUAUUGAACAUGAAAUAUUAAUUCAGUUUUUUUCUCCACAGAUACUGUCAGGCUAUUGAGUUUUUCCAGCACUUUCUGUUUUAUUCCAUUUCUAUCCCUGUGAAUCUGCAUCUGUUGUGAAAUGAAUAUGUUUUCCAGCUUUGGCAAAGAGAGCAUCAGUUACCUAGAAGACGCAGUGUGCUGUUGUUUAUGAGAUGUCGCUAAGGGCGACAUAGCUUAUUCAAGGGCAUUCCUUUUGCAAAUAGCAAGCCCCUGUUUGCCAUGCUGUGACUGUCUAAUGGGGCUAAGGAGAUUGCUUACUGCAACUAUGAUUUCAUCAACUUCCUAUGAAUUGAUCUGAAAUAGAUACUUUCUGAAACCCAUGUGCCCCUUGAAAAUUCUGCUGUCUGAUUGUCCCCCCACUGCCAUACCUCUUCCUCAUAAUUUUUAAAUUGGCUUCAGUAGGGAGGUGGGUGGGAUCAGUAUCCCAUGUUGUCUUCCCGUAUGUUGGCGGGACCAACCAGAAUAGCACUCAUUUA